AUGGAACCAUUGCCAGAUGCUAUUUGGGCUGAUGCCUCGCAGUUCUCCUGUAAUUUUUCCAAUGACGACAUUCAAUGCAGUGAAAUUCAGGGGCAGCGGGAGCUUAGAAUUGCCAUAGAUGAUGUGAUCUGCAUCCUACCACAUGCUAGCCAGGAUGGAAAGAACUACAACAUGCUCUAUCUACGAAAUGGUCCGAAAGAGGCGACGUCUGUUCCGCGGGGAGAUUGUAGAUCUUCUCUGGCAAGCAUACAAUUGGUUUCUCCACCAUCUACAUUACUAUCACGAUACUUCUGUGCGGAACUUCCCCAUCAUCUCAAGCCUUCGGUGGACCGGGCGAUUGAUCUUCAUGUCAUUAUCUCGGCUCCCUCAGGGACAGGGAAGGCAAAGAAUUUCUUCAGAAACAUUGUGCAACCAUUCUUGGCACAUAUUGGAUUGACGGAGUAUGAAGUCCAUGAGACACAAUCAGCGCGAUCCAUACUCGAACUGUGUCAGUCAAGGCUUAUCGGUCGUGCAAAACUUGGCUUUCCCCAAACAAUUGUUCUUCUUUCUGGGGACGGUGGCCUGAAUGAUAUUGUCGAUUCAUUCCACAGUGCUGUCGGAGUUUCACUUGUUCCUCCGAUCGUCGCUCUGAUACCGAUGGGGACGGGUAAUGCUAUGGCAAGCUCAUUAGGGCUGCUCUCUCGCCCGACAGCAGGCUUGACUGUUCUGCUGAAAGGGUCACCGAAACCUAUACCCACCUUAGUCGCUAAUUUUUCUCCUGGCGCGCAGUACGUCACGGAUGAGGGCCGCACUCUGAUUCCUAUGCUUGAUAGCUCGAUGACCCAAUCCUCAGUGAAUCCAAUUCACGGCGUGGUUGUCGCAAGCUGGGGUUUCCACGCUGCCUUAGUUGCUGACAGUGACACUUCGGAAUAUAGAAGGUUCGGAGCCGAGAGGUUCCAGAUGGCAGCCAAGGAGCUCCUUUUCCCUUCUAGCGGCGUCGACACGCACAGGUAUAAAGGUAAUAUCACAUUAUUCCGGUCUAACAUAGCGACCAAUGAAAACUCCGUGGAGACUCUAGAAUGCGGAGAACAUAUGUACGUACUAGCUACACUUGUUCCAAGGCUCGAGAAAAACUUUAUUAUCUCGCCAGAGUCGGUUGCAUUGGAUGGCAGGUUGAGAAUAAUUCAUUUCGGCGCAGUCUCCGCAGAAAAAGCCAUGCAACUAAUGUCUCUCGCGUAUGAUGGGGGGCGGCAUGUACACGAAAGCAGCGUCCUCUACACGGAAGUUGAAGGCUUCAGAAUCGAUUUUCAUGAGGCUGAGCAGAAGUGGAGGCGAGUUUGCAUAGAUGGGAAGAUCGUCAUCGUUGGGGAAGACGGCUGGAUGGAAGUCCUGAAAGGAUCGACGGAUCGGGUAAAUAUACUGGUUUAA